AUGGAGCGCGCGGAUUGGCCGGGGGGAGGGAGAUUGGGAUGGGGCAGGAGAGAGCCCGCCGUUGAUUGGGUGGGCUUGGUAAAGGCCUUGAGCUCAGACCGGCUGAGCGCUGGGAGGAGGAUGGUCCGAAGGCACGACUCGGAGCCUGCGCGAUUGGCUAGGAUAGUAGGCGUUGAUAGGAUAGGGUGCCCGAUAGAAAUGAGAGGAGUUCGGGGUCGGGGCGCGGGAAGGCGGGAGGCGCCCGGCUACCCUAGGAGCCCGGCGCGGGGCACGAUGGGACGCCCCCGGGAAGAGGCGGAGCUGGGUUCGAACUCUGGGGCUGCGGUUGGGAAACUACUGGAGGAUGUGGUGCACCAGAAUAAGAGAAUAAACCAAGAAACAGGAAGACGUGAUCCCGGCAACAGGGUAUUCCAGUAUAGUGUUGGAAACAGAAGCCCAGUAGUGAAAGCUACAGCUGCCAGAUACUUGCAGUGGAAUCACAGGAGCAAUCGGAGUUCUUUAUAAAUGGCAGUAACAA